AUUUUCUUAUCUAUGUAUAUUAUGUACAUAUAUAAAUAGUAACAUAUCACGUUAUCCCAUAAGCAGUGAUAAGUAAUGCGAGUAUAACGGCAACUUGGCAAUAAAACAAUAAAAUAUUGAGAGAUAAACCAUGUUUUGCAUUAAUGGCGAUUACUGUGUAUUGUGAAUAAUUUUGGACAUUUAGUAAAAGAGUAAUUUGUAUUGUUUUGUGAAGUCGUAAAUUUAAGGUUAAACAUGUUGCGAAGUGUAAGCCGAAAAUUGUACUUCAUUCACGUGUUAAACAAGAGUUCAACAUGUAGUAUAAAACAAAAGAGAAAUUUGAGUUUACUUGAAUAUCAGGGCAAGGAACUUCUUAGAAAUUGCGGAGUUUCUGUGCAAAAUUUUGGUAUCGUGGAUGAUAUGAGUAAAGUAAAUCCUACUUUAGACCAAUUACAUGCAGAUGAAUAUGUUGUAAAAGCUCAAGUAUUAGCUGGUGGUCGUGGAAAAGGAUGGUUUGAGCAUGGUUUUAAAGGAGGUGUACAUGUUACAAAAGACCGUAAUGCCGUUAAAGAAAUUGUGAAAAAUAUGUUAGGUCAUUGCCUUAUCACAAAGCAAACUUCAAAAGAUGGCAUAUUAGUGCAGAAAGUUAUGAUAGCAGAAUCUGUAAAUAUUGCCCGUGAAACAUACAUUUGUAUACUUUUGGAUAGACAGCACAAUGGUCCUGUAUUAAUUGCUUCACCAGAAGGUGGUAUGGAUAUUGAAGCCGUUGCUGACAAAACUCCAGAAUUAAUUAAAACAAUACCACUAGAUAUAUAUUAUGGUAUUGAUGAUGAUAUUGCUAAAGAAGUUAGCAUAUUUCUUGGUUUUACGGAUCCUACUAUGCAAGAGAAAGCAGCAAAUCAAUUAAAAAAUUUGUGGAAACUAUUUGUAGAUAUUGAUGCUUUACAAGUUGAAAUUAAUCCAUUGGUUGAAACUACAGAUAAACAAGUUAUAGCAGUAGAUGCGAAAAUAACAUUCGAUCAUAAUGCUCAAUUUCGGCAACAGGAUUUGUUUGCUUUAGAAAGUUACGAUAUGAAAGAUCCUAGAGAAGCUGCUGCAUCACAAUCUAAUCUAAAUUAUAUUGCUAUGGAUGGCAAUAUAGGAUGUUUAGUUAAUGGUGCUGGCUUAGCAAUGGCUACCAUGGAUAUAAUUAAACUACAUGGUGGAUCACCAGCCAAUUUUUUAGAUGUGGGUGGAAGUGUUAAAGAAGAUCAAGUUUACCAGGCAUUUAAAAUUCUGAGCGAAGAUCCAAAAGUAAAAUCGAUUCUUGUAAAUGUGUUUGGGGGUAUUGUAAAUUGUGCUACAAUAGCAAAAGGGAUUAUUGCGGCAGCUCGUAACUUAGAACUUAAAGUUCCGCUUGUUGUUAGAUUAGAAGGUACUAAUGUAGCAGAAGCAAAAAAGCUUCUUGCAGAAAGUGGUUUAUCAAUUCUUACAGCAAAUGAUUUAGAUGAAGCUGCUAGAAAAGCAGUUUCUUCAGUAAAAUCAUAAACAGCAACUGUACUCUGUACUAAGUUCUUCCACAAGUAACAUUUCAUAAAUGGCAGUGAAUAUUAUAAAAUCUGAACAAUUGUAUAAUUUUUAUAUAAUGCCAAGAUAUGAAAAGCUGAGUAUCUGACUUUUUGUUUUCUUUUUCAAGUAAUAUCGGUCACCUAAUGUAGGUAAUUAAAAAUAUUUUCUAUUUCUUUAUUA